AUGCAGUCAUCAACUUCUCUACAUUCUCUGUCAUCCACAACAUCUAGCAAUUCUUCCAGCUAUGGUUCUCGCACUAUACUCGAAACCAAAGAUCUUCCAUAUGCUGCACCUCGAUGCCGAUCAUCUAUCGCCGCAUUCCUCGAAGAUGACGAUGCUUAUACACUCAUCUCGCCACCUUCAUCUCCUGUACCACCACCACCACCUCCUCCUCGCCGCCGCCGAUCACAACUUUCCACAUCCAACAAAUCCAUUGAUAAAUGUCGUCAGCUCUUUCGUACUUGUCUUGCGUCAACAGCUUCACCUCUCGCAUUGUCAACACACUCUAAACUAUCAACUUCGUUCAUCCGACAAGAAUACUUCGCAAAACUAUGUCAAACUCAUCGAUUGCUUCUUGUUCUCAACAGUUAUCACUGUGAAUGCGGUUGCCAAUUUUCCAUGGAAGAAGGCAGCUAUGUUGUGCUAUACGAUCAACAAAGUCAAUCAUGUUCAUCAUACAAAACCAAGGGUGGACUAGUGACAGUGAUAUCGAACGAUUUGGUAUGUUCGAAAGUGCCUUGUGAAUAUGUGUGUGAUGUGGAAUUGUUACGUAGUCGUGUUCGAUUGAGACGAUAUGGCAGUGGAAGUGAUGAUGAACAAAGUUUUGAUUUGUAA